AUGAAUUCAAAGCCACUUUCCAUUCGUGGAACAAAGUGUCAUAUUUCGGAAGCAUUAGCAGAUGAAGUUAGUGACAACAAUAGUAGCGUUUUCGUUGCGUCCCCACCAACGAAUCCCGAUCAUUUGUCACCGCCUCCACGUCUACGAACAAAGAUUCCUAAUGGAAUUACUUCCGAGAGAAACUCAGUUAGUAAUGGCAGUUCUUUCAAUCAAAGAUCAACUUUCAAAGGAAAUUCAAUUGGAAGACAUCGUUUGAGCCAAGUAUUUGCACGUUCCACACCCGACAUCAAUAUGGAAGUUCGUCAAACUAAUCCAAAGAACAGAAGGCCUAAGUGGAGACGGGAGAGAUCAGUUGACCAUUUAGGUCCUGAUAUGGUGCAAUUAGAAAAACUACAGAAUCGGCUACGUUGUUUUGAGAAUGGAAAGCUUCCGAAAAUCCCACCCGAACUGUACGACUACUUUCCACAAAAUCUUCCUCCCCAUGAUUUCACUGCAAUCGAAAAUAUGUGGAAUAAAUUAACUUCAAAUGGUACUCAGGAAAGUGAUUGUGGGUCGAAAGGCCAAUAUAAAAAUAAUAAGGAUCAGCAACUCUCAGCCAUUUUGGAACUUCUCCACACAGAAGCCUGUUACAUCAAAACCCUUGAAAUGAUAAUCAAUGUGCACAUUGCAGUCUACUUGGAUCUGACAAAAUCCACCGUCUCAAAUUCAGUGUAUAAUCAUCCCUACAGUGGUGGUUCCCUUAGCCGUUUGGGAGAUCCAAUAUUUCCAACCGAAUUAGCAUCUUCUGGCAGCUUUACGAGUAGUGUUUCCAGCGGUACAAACUCAUCCACCCUUGGUGGUAUGUUUCGACGUAUGCGAGGCCGCGGAAAUCAUGACUACACCACUCCAACCCUUCCUCAAGCCUCCUCAUCCUCUUCCCUCAAUAACCUCUCCGUUUUAACCCUCUCCGAACAUCCUAGUUUUUCUGCCCCUCCUGUUGAAAAUGUCUUUGGAAAUAUUGGCUCUAUCUACCGAGCCAACCACACCUUUUGGAGUGACUGUUUUAAACCCGGAAUCAUCAAUAACGAGAGUCUGGAUGCCAAACUCUGCAUUGAAAGCAUGCACAAAGCAUUUUCACAGUUCAAGAUUUAUUUCGAACCGUAUGCCCACUUUUUGGAGGCCUACAAUACACUUGUAUCCAAUAUCAGACACUUGGAUGAAAACAACAAAUUCUUCUCUUUGUAUCACGAGUGGACGAAAACAAAAAAUACCUUGAACUCACGGGAAAGUCUCAGUGGGUUAUUAGCACAACCGUUCCAAAGGCUGACAAGAUAUGGAAUUCUAAUCAAGAGAAUUAGGGAGUCAACAACAGAUGAACACGAAAUCGCUGCCUUGACCGAAAUGAUUGAUGCUGUAGAUGAUUUUGUCAAGGAAGUCGAUAUAAACCAACCGGAACAAGAAGCAAGGGCAAAAUUGAACGACUUUAUUCUGAGAAUUCACAAAUACACCUUUGCUGAUACUGUUCGAUCCGAUUUAGAUGUGGAAGUACCAGUUUUGUCCACGGAUAUUGGUAACAUUCUCCGUCAACCAAUGAAAAUUAACGGGCGAACACACACACGCAAACCAAUUGCUGAAGUACAGGCCAAGGUCAAGUAUAUAGGAGGAAAAGUAUCCGAUGCUCUUUGCGUCCUUCUCUCAGACAUGCUUCUCAUUUGCAAGCAGUCUAUUACAAAAAGACAUCUAAGUGUCUACCGCCCACCCAUCUUUCUUACUCAUUUGACAAUCCAAAAAAAGAAGGACAGUCCGGACUGUUAUGUCGCCCUUAUAAGAAAUGAUUACGGUCUUUUGGUAGAUUGUUAUGUUUUCUCAAGUGAGGAAAAGGACUUAGAGGAAUGGGUUUCUAAAGUUCUAAGACAGAAGGCCGAUUUGCUAUCUGCUCCACGACCAAUCUCAGUUGGUCGGGAUUCCGUUAGUGGUCCUUCAUACCUACAUUCCACAGUAACUAGUGUCCCAGAUGGAUCUUCACGUCAUGCGGAAAAUACAAUCCGGUCGGUCUUCAAUGACAAUCAUCUAGGUACUUUCAAUGGCCAUUAUGAGAGUCGAAGAAAUAGUGAAGUUGGUAAUCCGCGAUAUCAUCACACCCCAACUGACGUGAGUUCAACAGUUAUCGGCCGUCCACAACAACUUCUAGAUGGUCCUAUUAGACUAAUUCCAGUUCGAGCUCGUCGUAAAUCGAUCCUCACUCCUAAUCGUGACAAUGGCGAUGCUAUUUCUCCCUGUACUGAAAAUGUCUCAGUCGACAAGACAAGGAGUGAAGCCUGUCUGAAGUCACUGGUUAGUAAAAGCAUUAGUAGUGCAUCAGAUUCUUCAAAUACCUCAAAUUCAACGGCAUCAUCAAUAAAUACAACAUCUGGUGAUUCUUUAGGAUGUUGGGCUUCUGAAGCUCCUGGCUCAAUGAGUGGAAUUUCUCCAAAGAUUACCCGUCAUUCCUUAGGACGAGUACCCUUUCGGAAUACUGAGUUACUUAAAACUGAUGCCGGGGUAGCUAAGAGACAGACGAGUUAA